UUUUUUUUCUUUCAGAAAGGUUGAUUAUGUGAUCUGUUUUUAGGUGUAUGUACUGACCCAAACUCUGAAGUCUAGCGUUUGCUACAGGCUUGAACUGUGCAAAUGGAUAUAUGUGUGUUUGUGUGUGUGUGUGUGUGUGUGUGUGUGUGUGUGUGUGUGCGCACAGAUGGGGUGUUGAGCCAUUGUUCCCAGUCUCACAUUUAGGUAACAGAGUUUGAAUGUGAGGAAGCAAUGAACAGAGCGAGAACAAGGUUUGUGGAUAUCAAGUCUCAGAUUUCUCUUUUUGUCUAAGAGCACAGAAACUCCACCCUGAACGUUUUAACCACAAUGGUAAGUAGCUAUUUUCUCACAGUGGAAACUCAGGGCAUCAGAGCACAGCAAACACUUCUUCAAGCAGGUGUGAGACUGGAGCAUAUUCGUUCAGAAUCUCAAAGUCUUUGAGAAGUAAAAAUUUCAUUAAGAGCAACCAGUAAGAGGUUGAGUCCUGGCUGCAGUGCUGUCAUCAUGGUUUCUCAGGGUCUCCAGAUCAUGGGUGUGCUGCUGGCAUUCAUCGGCUGGCUGGGCACCAUCAUCACCUGCGCUAUGCCCAUGUGGAGAGUCACCAAUUUCAUUGGGGAAAACAUUAUCACUGCCCAGGAGGUCUGGGAAGGAUUGUGGAUGAGCUGUGUGGUGCAGAGCACGGGCCAGAUGCAGUGUAAGGUGUAUGACUCCAUGCUAACUCUAUCUCAAAACCUGCAAGCUGCCAGGGCUAUGUUGGUCAUCUCUGUGAUCGUUGGGGUGUUUGGCGUCCUCAUGGCUAUGGUUGGAGGAAAGUGCACCAACUGUCUGGAGGAUGAAGUGGCCAAAGCAAAAGCCUGUAUCGUGUCUGGAGUGAUCUUUAUAAUAGCCGCCUUACUUAUCUUGAUCCCAGUGUCAUGGUCAGCUCACGCAGUGAUCAGUGACUUUUAUAACCCGCUGGUGAUUGAGGCUCAGAAGAGAGAGCUUGGACCUGCGCUUUACAUUGGCUGGAGCUCUGCCGGGCUGCUGCUGCUGGGGGGAGGCCUGCUGUGCACCAGCUGCCCCCCAAAAGAUGUCACAAUACCUUACCUACCUGCAAAGUUUGUCUCUGCAAGAACCACAUCAUCACAUGUGGGCUAUGUGUGAGUGUUUCAUUAAAAUGUGUUCAUGUUCUCACCAAAAUGUUGCACAGGAGGAUAGAUUUCUUAAAAAUGUUGUUGCUAAGGCUGAAUGUAAGCAAUAAAAAAUCAUACACAUGUAUUUGAUUGAUUAGUAAAAAUAAUCAGAAUUUGAGGUACCUUCUAAACUCAGAAAGCACAGUAAAAUACUGUCCUAUCAAAUGUCUAAUGUUUUUUUUUUUCAGAGGAAAUGUGUCUCGAUCAAAUUGACAUAUGCUGUCAAUUUUCAGUUUUCACAUGGAAGUGUUUGUCACAGAUUAAAUAUUAUAUUUCGGGCUGAAACCUUUCUGACAUGACUCUGUUUUUAUUUGGAACGUAAUACCUACAAGUUGCUUUAUUCAUAAAGACUGAGACUGAAUGGAGAUGUGCAAUACAGAUGUGUGCUUCAAAUCAGAUGUGACAUUUUUUUUUGAGUUGACCUAAUAAUGAUUUAAUGAUCCCUGCUGUACUUCCAAUUGCCUUUCAAAUGUCAGAAAUAAAGCUUCUUUGUACCUA